ACUGCUUCUGCGCAUGCGCGACAUAAUCAAAACAACAAUGGCGCUGCUCGGUGGCUCCGUGCUUUUAAAUGAGCUCGUUCGCAUCCGUCCUUUCUACAAAUUUGCUCCGUUCGGCGUCCGCUCGUUUGCUGACCAUGUUUCGUCCCAAAAGGUUGCAAGCAGCACCCCGGAGACCUCGUUCGACCAUCUACUCUACACACCAGAGCACUUUGCGUUAAAAGAAUCCCUCAGAAAGAUCAUCGACAAGGAGAUCAACCCUUAUGUGGAUCAGUGGGAAGCGGAGGGAAAGUUCCCAGCCCAUAAAAUCUUCAAGAUUUUAGGAAACGCUGGCUUCCUUGGCGUCAACAAGCCAGUUGAGUAUGGAGGCUUAGGACUGGACUUCAGCUACAGUGUAGCGGUGUCCGAGGAGCUGGGUCACAUCCGCUGCGGAGGCAUCCCCAUGGCCAUCGGCGUUCAGACAGACAUGACUACGCCUGCGCUGGCCAGGUUUGGCUCAGCUGAGCUCAAGAAAGAGUUUCUGCUUCCCAGCAUCCUUGGGGACAAAGUUGCGUGCCUCGGCGUUAGCGAAGUCGGGGCAGGUUCUGAUGUGUCCAACAUUAAGACGAAGGCGGUGAGAAAGGGGGACGAAUACGUGAUCAACGGCGGCAAGAUGUGGACCACCACUGGCACCCAGGCGGACUGGAUGUGUCUCCUCGCCAACACCAGCGACGGCCCCCCACACAGGAACAAAUCCCUCAUUUGCUUGCCCAUGAAUCUGCCCGGAGUGCAAAUCGCCCGCAAGAUUGACAAGCUGGGCAUGUGGUCGUCGGACACAGCCCAAGUGUUUUUCGAAGACGUCCGAGUUCCCUGCAAGAACGUCAUUGGCCAGGAAGGCAUGGGCUUCACCUAUCAGAUGCUCCAGUUCCAAGAAGAAAGGCUCUGGGCUGUGGCCAAUAUCCUGACGGCGAUGGACAUGGUCAUCCAGGAGACCAUCCAUUACACUCGACAGAGGACCAUCUUCAAUCAGCCGGUCCUCCACCAUCAGGCGGUCCAUUUCAGGCUGGCCGAGCUGCAGACGGAAGUGGAGCUGCUGCGCGCCCUCCUCUACCAGGCCACAGCAUUGUAUAUCAAAGGCAAUGACGUCACCAAGAUGGCAUCCAUGGCGAAAUUAAAAGGAGGGCGCCUGGCCAGGGAAGUGAGUGACAGCUGUCUCCAGUUCUGGGGAGGAAUGGGCUACACCGGCGAUGUGCUGGUCAGCAGAUUUUACAGAGAUUGCAGGUUAAUGUCCAUUGGUGCAGGCGCUGAUGAGGUCAUGCUCGGAAUCAUCUGCAAAUACAUGGACAUUCUACCCAGGAAGUGAUGACAGGGGACGAUGAUUUCCUCCAUCAAUUCCCUUGAUAAUGGGAACUUCUAAAACUAAUUUUGAAAAACGUGAAAAAAAGUUCAUCACCGAAGUGCUGUUCAGCCGACUCUUAAAAAGUAUGUUCAUUUUGACUGCAUGAGGUAGGGCAUAUAUGCAAUUAGCAUUUUGUAAAUAUUGAUUCACCACUACACAAUGGUUUUUGUUUUCUGUCAGUGUAUUAAAAAACAAACAAUGCCGGUUUUAA